AUGGUCAGAAGUCAGCGUAGGACUCAAAAGAAAAUUCCUUCUAAAGAUCCAUGCCUCGAUGCUACAGGUGAUGUGAUUUCUGCAGAGGUGCCUGGUAGUCAAAAGCAUCAGCUUGAGCUGGGUAAAAUAUUUGUGCAGAUCUCCUCAGGACUAUCAUCGAGCGUAAUAAGGACCCCCUCCUUGAACCUCUCCUACAUUGCUCUGUCGGAUGAAAUCCCGAGGGAAUUCUCGGAGUCGAUCAUUAGCGAAAAAAGGCUAGGAGCAUUGUUGUCUAUGGUCUUGAGGAGGCAGGUGCUGAGCUCCGCCCGUCCGAUCGUCGAAAAGACCUGGAGGAGAAGGUCUCUAAGGUUCUCGAUGCGUGUCGAAUGCCGCCCAUGCGAGAUAUAUCGCAUAGGUAAACCUGAUCUAAAACGUUCCCGUCUUGUUAAGGUUGCCCUCCCAGCUUCUUCCCACUGGUAAACCGCCCUUGCCAAUGCUCGUCUGCUCCGUAAUGCUGGAUUUCCUUCCGUGUUUAUACGUAAAAGUAUGACACUGGAGGAAAGGCAGAGGGAUUUUAUGCUGAGGCAACUUGCUCGGGAUCGUAACAAAGGCUUGUCCAGCAAGGUGUGGCUGGUAUACAAGGAUCAGCUCGUGCAUAUAAAACGCCUUCCGAGAAACAGCUCGGGAAACCUUGCAGCUGGCACGGUUCUUUCAAUUAAAAUGCUGCUUAAUUAA